CUCUCGAACCCUCCUCCGACUCCCAUCUCGUCUCGCCCGACACAGAUCCCGUCCGAUCUCGGGCUCCGAUCUCCCUCCCCAAGAUCCCACCAGGUUCUCGCUCUCUCGAUCUCCUCGUUCCAGGGUAGCUCUUUGAAUUCCGUUCUCGUUGCCGAAUUCGCAUCUGGGUCCGUCUCCGUCCGGCAAGCGUCGCGCUCGCUUCCGACGACAGAUCGCGGCUCUGUUCUCGGUAAUGCGAGCCGUUUCCAACUGACCCAGUUGGCUUUCUUGAGCACCCGCCCGCGCGUCAGGUAUCUGUUGAAAGUCCCCAAUUAGAUUUCCUUUUGUUAGGCGCCUUGCUUUGCCGAAUUGGGGGCUCGAUUAGGAGCCGCGCUUGGCGAUAUACGAUGUCUUCGCUCCGAUUAGAUUCCCAGAAGCCGUACUUCGCCACGACCGGACUCGUGGUGGGGUACGCUCUCUCCUCGAGCUUGCUCGCCGUGAUAAACAAGUACGCCAUCACCAAGUUCAACUACCCUGGCCUCUUGACCGCACUGCAGUACCUGACUUCUGCUUUGGGCGUCUGGGUGCUGGGGAAGCUCGGGUUUCUGCACCACGACCCUUUCGUCGUCGAAACUGCCAAGAAGUUCUUGCCUGCUGCCCUCGUGUUCUAUCUCGCGAUAUUCACGAACACGAACCUCUUGCGCCAUGCCAAUGUGGACACGUUUAUCGUUUUCCGGUCCUUGACGCCCCUUCUGGUUGCCUUGGCCGAUACCGCAUUCAGGAAACAGCCGUGCCCGUCGAAGUUAACAUUUGCAUCGCUAGUCAUUAUCCUAGGUGGUGCUGUUGGGUACGUGGCCACCGACUCGGCUUUCACAUUGACUGCGUAUUCGUGGGCAUUUGCUUAUUUGAUUACGAUCACGACCGAGAUGGUGUACAUAAAGCACAUGGUCAUGAAUCUUGGAUUGAACACUUGGGGUUUUGUGUUGUACAACAAUUUGCUAUCGUUGAUGAUGGCUCCGGUCUUCUGGAUUCUCACAGGAGAGUACGGUGACGUUUUCGCUGCUUUGGGAGCCAAUGCAGGGAACUGGUUUGAAUAUGAUGCAUUCUUUGCUGUCUCUUUGUCAUGUGUAUUUGGUUUGCUUAUCAGCUUCUUUGGUUUUGCCGCGAGAAAGGCAAUCUCCGCGACAGCAUUUACUGUGACUGGGGUUGUGAACAAGUUUCUUACGGUCGUCAUCAAUGUGCUGAUCUGGGAGAAACAUGCGAGUCCAUUUGGUUUAGUUUGUCUAUGCAUUACUAUUGUUGGAGGAGUCACGUACCAGCAGUCGGUCAGUGGAACGAGCAAUACUACAGCUCCGCGUGAGUCUACUAUGCCUAAGCAGGUGGACAGCGAGAAUGAAGGCGAUGAUUUUGUAGAGGAUAGGCAGGGAAGGGUGACUGGUAAACUUGCUUUAUGAGUUACAUUGUAUUGCCUCUUUGAUUGUUCUAGAUGGUGAAUAGAAUAGUUGAUGCGCCAUCUUUAGCAUAAAGCUAUUUGAAAUUUGAGGCCUUUAGUUUGUGAAAUGUUUUGCGUACUAUUGUGAUUCUGUUGUCUCUUUUUAGAGAAUAUUGAUGUUCUUAUGGAUUAUGCUACACGUUGUUCAAUUGCUUUUGCAAGUAAAUCGUAUGUCAUUGGAUGCUUCUUCUAC